CUACAACGCCUGCUGCCGUAAAGUGAGGCGCAGGCAGCGCGACAUCCGGAAAGGUCCUCUCCCCGGCUAACUGUCCGGCCCUCAGGGAAGAUGGCGGCGGGGGAGGCGAAGUCGGUGCUCUUCGUGUGCUUGGGAAACAUUUGUCGCUCUCCAAUAGCUGAAGCAGUUUUUAGAAAACUUGUAACUGAUGAAAAACUUGACAAUAAGUGGAGGAUAGACAGUGCAGCGACAUCUGCCUAUGAAAUAGGAAGCUCUCCUGACUAUCGAGGACAGAAUUGCAUGAAGAAGCAUGGCAUUGCUAUGAAUCAUAUUGCCAGGCAGAUUACUAAAGAAGAUUUCCAGACCUUUGAUUACAUACUUUGCAUGGAUGAGAGCAAUCUGAGAGAUCUGAAACGGAAAAGCAACCAAGUUAACAACUGUAAGGCCAAAAUUGAACUACUUGGAAGUUAUGAUCCACAGAAACAACUUAUCAUUGAAGAUCCAUACUAUGGCAGUGAAAAGGACUUUGAAACUGUUUACGAGCAGUGCGUAAGAUGCUGUAAAGCAUUUUUGGAGAAGCCUCAUUAAUGCUUUGCCAUUUCAUUUCUAAAGAAAAUAAUUAGCUUCUCCAGAAAUAUGUAAGAUGUAUUUAAUUGAUGUGUUAAAAUUGUAAAAUUAUGCCACAGUAGGUUCAAAGCUUUUUCAGUUUAAUUUUAUGUUUUAAGUCUUCUGUCAUCUAAUUUAAAAGCACAAGAAAGUUUUAACUGGAUUAGAUUACGAACUGUUUUGUCACACAUCAGUGUAAUAAUAAAAGUCUAUGAUUGAGAAUAAAAUUAUCUGUAACCUGUUCCAGUGCUUUUUGACAAGCACUGUAAAAGUA